GUCUCCCCCAUACAUGUAGUGUCCAGCGGUGCAGGUGGAGUUCCUGAAAAACACCUUUAAGCCACAUCGCCCAAUCUUUGUCAUUGAGCUUGGUGAUGUAAGGCUGGAAAUCCAUGCCAUGAAGCUCCUGGUGAACAAUUUUCAUGCUGAUGUUAAUGGCAAGGUUUGUACAAUAUAAAAUCUUCUUUGUGAAUAUCUUCUGCAUCAAAUUUUCCUGAACAACCUGUAAAGGAUGAAUAAGGACAGGAUCAAGAUGGCAGAGAGCAUAUUAAGUCUCACUCUAGAGCUCCUCUUCCGGCUUACUGGAGAGGAUUACAUUGUAGCAAAGAAGACCUCUAGUGAGCGCUGUCAGGCCCCUGUGUCUGAAGGACGAAGAAGAACUCUGAGCCCAACCACAGGGCCUCCAUCUCGCUCCCAUGAAGAAGCCAAUGAAGAGAAGAUCCUAGAACUCACCAACAAGAUAAUUGAGCUGCUGACUGGAGAGGUUCCUAUAAGGUGUCAUGGAGUAUAUUUCUCCAUGGAUGAGUCAAAGUGUUUAGAAGGACACAAGGAAUUGUACAAGGACAUCAAGAUGGAGGAUCAACAGACCCUCAUAUCACCAGUUACAUCCAGUAAGAGAGCAACAGCAGAGAGAUGUCCCAGUCCUCUUCUUCCACGGGAUGGUUCACCAGAACAUGUUCCACAGGAUGAUCAGCUUUUCAAUCCAGAUAAAGACCUGAACAUUAUUAAGGUUACAGAGACUUAUGUGAGGGAUGAUGAGCAAAGUAUAGAGGACAUUCCAGAUAACUGCCCAGAUGACUGUACCAGGAGCUCAGAGGAGCAUCUGAAAUCCUCAGAUUUCAAAACAGAUGAUAGUGAUGAUACAUUCGAAGAACAUGUCAUUAUCCUAGAUAUACCCUCAGCCCUUGACGACAAAGAUCUAUCAUCUGAUCCUUUCGAACAUGUUCAGUCUUCUGAUUCUUCACAGUCUGUUAAGCAAAACAAAGGACACAGAAUAGGGGAUGGGCGUCAAAGAGCUCGCUCAGAGGAGAAGCCAUUUCCUUGUUCGGAAUGUGGAAAAAGUUUUAAACAGAAAUCCGAUCUCGGGAAACAUCAGAGAAUUCACACAGGGGAGAAGCCAUUUUCGUGUUCGGAUUGUGGGAAAUGUUUUAUCCAGAAAUCAGAUCUUGUUAUACAUCAGAGAAUUCACACAGGGGAGAAGCCAUUUUCAUGUGUCGAAUGUAAGAAAUCUUUUAAAAAUAAGUCAGCUGUAGUUAGACAUCAGAAAACUCACAAAGGGGAGAAGCCAUUUUCAUGUUUAGAGUGUAAGAAAUAUUUUAGCAUGAAAUCUGCUCUUAUUAGACACCAGAAAGGUCACUCAGGGGAAAGGCCAUUUCCAUGUCCAGAAUGUGAUAAACGCUUUAAUCGGAAAUCACAUCUUCUCUACCAUCAGAAACUUCACACAGUGGAGAAGCCCUAGAAAUGUUCUCAAUGAAGGAAGUGUUUUGUGCACAGAUCGCAGCUUCUUCUAAUCCAUGAACACAGGGAAUAGCCCUGUCUUUUAGGCACAGUCAGAGUAAGGUCAGGAGAAAUGAAGAUCAUUUACAGCACUAAUUGAUGACUAAGAAAUGUUUUUAGUUACUAAUAAACGUCUUUUACUCAAAAGUAGAGUCCAGAUAACCCACCUUUACGUCAAUCCUGUGCUCAGAAUAUUUCUCAUUAGUGUAUAUAUAACUGCAUCGUAGAACGAGUACACUUCUCCUAACCAGUAGGUGCUUUUCUCAUUAGGACGAGCAUUCUCCUUCCUCAGGUUAACGAUCACCGUGGGUAAAGACAGGGGGACAGGACAGUGACAGUAGCUGCCAUAGACAGGUGAUUGUUCCUGCUGCUAAUGACAGAGACAGUGGUCCCCAGAUGGCAAUUGCAUGGAUUGAUCAGAUUGACCAGUCACAGUUGAAAAUAAAAAGUCACCCAAAGCACAUUCUUCAGCUCCGAGCUCCUCAGUUUGGUGCUGAGGAGAUCGAAGCUGUGUGACUUGAUGUUUCUCCUCACAAGUUUCAGUCCCCACAGCAAACCCCCAUACAACCCCCUGAACCACCCAUUGAGUUCUUACCUUUGGGGAGCUGUCAUGUUUUUAUUUUAUUUUUGCUUUCUGAAAAAAAAAUUAUAAUAAUAAAAAAAUAAAAAAUAAUAGUAUGAAUAGUAUGAAAGGAUAUAUAAAAAUAUAGUUAGUAUCUUUGUAGGAUAUAUACACACAAACCUCUGUAAAGGCAAGUGUACCCCCUUCUGCACUGAUGUUCCAGGCGCUGGUUUUUAUUUGUCAGGAAAUACAAAAAGAAAAUGUAGGUAGUAGUACUGGUUAAGAUAUGAUUAGUAUAGUUUUACGUAAGUUUACAUACAUAAACGGUUGGAUUUGAGUCAGAUGCAUUGUAGGUUGAGUCUAGUUUCAACUUACGAUGGGUCAGGAAAAACUAUUGUAUGGUGAGGGACCACUGUAUAUAUAUGCACACAGACCUCCAGAAAGGCGUGUGAACCUUUCCUGCAGUUCAGGUGAUU